CCGCCAAAAGUUCGGGGGGGAGCAUAGCACAUUCCGAUUGGUUAGUGGCACGAUCCAAUGGGAGAGGGUUUUGUUGGCUGUGGUUUUGGGGGAGGGUGAGGCGAACAUCAUGUGACGCUACAUUGGCCGCGCCCCGCGGAAGAUAGUUGUGCGCAGGCGCCUCCUAUCUCCUUCUCUGGUGCCGCCGGCCCUGUGACGUAUUCGGGGUGGUCGUGGUGUUGCGCGAGAGUAUUGAACGGUUAGCGGUAGAAGCUCGUGCGGGCUCGAGAGCCGGCCUGGUCACCCUCCCCCGCAGAGGCACCAUGAACCCGCACGGAAGCGAUCUGCCGCGGCAGCACUUCAGUCCCAACAACGGGGACUUCACCUUCGUCUCUUCGCCAGACAGUGAAGAUCUCAGUGGUACGAUGGCUGCUCCAGAGGUUAAACUUAAUAUGGAUACAGAAUCUACAAAAGAUGCUUCUGCAACUGCAUUCCUCAGGAAAAGGGGAUAUGGAUGGCUUCUGGAAGUUGAGGAAGAUGAUUCUGAGGAGAUCAAACCACUCCUAGAGGAAUUGGAUAUUGACUUAAAGGAUAUUUACUACAAAAUCCGAUGCGUGUUAAUGCCAAUGCCAUCGCUGGGUUUUAAUAGACAGGUUGUGAGGGAUAAUCCUGACUUCUGGGGGCCUCUGGCUGUGGUUCUCUUGUUUUCGAUGAUCUCGCUAUAUGGACAAUUCAGAGUAGUUUCAUGGAUUAUCACUAUUUGGAUAUUUGGAUCAUUAACCAUCUUCUUGUUGGCUCGUGUUCUUGGUGGUGAGGUUGCAUAUGGUCAGGUUCUUGGAGUGAUUGGCUAUUCUCUACUCCCUUUGAUUGUAAUUGUUCCAGUGCUUUUGGUAGUUCGAUCCUUUGAGCUUUUAUCUACGACAAUAAAGCUAUUUGGUGUAUUCUGGGCUGCGUACAGUGCUGCUUCCCUACUGGUUGGAGAAGAAUUCAAAACAAAGAAGCCUCUUCUGAUAUAUCCGAUAUUUCUUCUAUAUAUUUACUUUUUAUCCUUGUAUACUGGUGUCUGAAAUUCAAGGAAUCUGAAAAUUCAGUACUUUUUGGACUUUGGCAAGGUCUCAUGAAAGGAAAUUAUUGAAGGAAAGUGCUAUUAACUCUAGAUGCUGAAGAAAUUGGGUUUUUUCCCUGCCCUCCAGAAUUCAAGUGGUUAUUUUUGGGUCUAAAGCAUAAAUCUAAAGUUUUAAACACUAGAAAGAAGCUAUAUAUGUUUGUAUUUAAUUAUUUUUUAAUGCUGUUUUGGUUUUUGUGAAAAAAAAAUCUGAACACAAGAUCAGUUUGUGACCAGUUUGACUGGAAGUGGAUGAUGGAACAGUGCUAAGUGCCCUGUGCCAAAACAUCAAGAGUGAUUUAGCCAAGAUGUGCAUUUAUUUGAAAUGCAUUUUGGAUUUUGAAACAACUUGAGGGGGAAAAAGUAUUGUUUUGAGAUCAUUGUACCUUUUUAAAAUGUACAGUUUUCUGCAAUUAAGUGAAAUUUAUUUUGUAGAUAACUUUAUUUAAGGCAAUACAAUCCUGCAAACACAUGUAUUCCAAGCAUCUUAAAAUUUCAAUUUCUGUAGAUGGUUACAAAUUUCAUUUUAAGUUGGGUGCCUUUGGCUUGGAUUUUUUUUUUAGCUGCUCUCUCGUGUACAAAAGUUAGUAACAUAAGCAUUUGUAAAAUAAACUGCAAAUGAAUUGUUGGUGGUUGGCCUCUUAAAACUUAUCUUUGGACAAAUAUUAAGUAAAUUCAUUUUAUUUAGAUUCAAA